GUGAAACAUUCUACAUUUUAAUCAACACUUUGUUCAAAUAACAAAACUGCGAUUGACUGUGAUUUCUAGCUGAUUCCGGAGCAUUUGGUCGCCUAAAUCGCAAAUACCACCGUGACAAAAGGAAGUGCCUCCAUUCAGGACCUCCAACUAAAAGUGUGAAACACGUCUGAGGAUACAGGAUAAACCACAUCUUCACAAUGUCUGAGUUUCAGUAUAAAGAUGGCUUCAGCGUAACGAAAGAAGUUAAAUCUGAUUAUAACGAGAAUGGAUUUGUUAUCAUAAGGAAUCUGUUGGAUAAAGAUGAGGUGAAGCUGCUCGGGGAAUCUUUCCUUCAUGAUGAAAAGCUUCAGGAGAAUACCUGGAACCAAAAAGAGCAUGGUUCUUCUGAGUUCUCUGCAAGCAUCAGCGUGUGGAACCACCCAGGGGAGGAUGUAAGUGGUAUGGUAUGUAGGAGUGAGAAGGUCGUCAACAUUGCAGAAGACUUACUGGAUGGCGGGGAGAUCUACAUGCAUCACUGCAAGUUGGUACAGAAGCAGGCUAAAACAGGAGGCCAGUGGAACUGGCAUCAAGACUACGGGUAUUGGUAUCAAAAUGGACUGCUUUGGCCCGAUGCCCUCACUGUCUUCAUUGCUAUUGAUAAAUGUGAGAAAGGCAAUGGCUGUCUGCAGGUAAUCAAGAGGUCUCACAAAUGUGGAAGGCUGGACCACAAACAGGUUGGGGACCAGCAGCAAGCUGACACGGAGAGAGUCGGGUGGAUUCUAGAGAAACUCCCAGUCCAGUUUGUCGAACUGGAACCUGGUGAUGCAUUGUAUUUCCACAGCAACAUACUACACACAAGUGGGCGCAAUCUGAGUGAGAAUAGACGCUGGGCAUUCCUUAUGGCGUAUACUCUCAAGUCCAACAGCCCUGUGUCCAAGACUUACGAGUCGCAUCUUAACAUGCAUUACACCCCCUUAAAUAAGGUUCCAAACACGGCGAUUAAGGAGUGUAAAAUACUCAGCAGUGAAAAGGGGAAAGACUAUUUGAGUCCUUCGAAGAACAUUGCAACAUGUAAACAUUACGAUGUACAGAAUUAGAUUAUAUAUAUAUAAUCCACAUAAAGGGAUGCCUUAAGAGGGCCAUCAGAAUAUGGUAGAAUAUGUUCUAACGUAAAAUAUUUGGGAAUUCAUGGGGUCAGAUUAAAGCACAGACCAUAAAACCAUAAUUUGAGAAUUAUUCCAUGUGAAUUAAGACUAUUAGUUCUUCUGAAUUGGAGGGAUUUCUCAAAACAAAAAAAAUUUAAGACUUUAAUUUCUGUUGCAUUAUUGGUUGCAAAAAUAUUGCACCACUGACUAGAAAGUUUUGUAUGGUUGCACCCAUAUAUUCAUUUUUGAGGGAAAGUACAUGUAUACAACCAUUCGGCGUAUAUUCGAAACCCAAGUUAAUUAUUUGUAUGCAUAUGCUAUACUUGAACAAUCAAUCGUAUCUAAUAAAAUUUUGUU